CCAAUGCUCAUGCGAUGGCGCUAAUCAAUCCCUCCACCACACACAUCUACCCACAGCCGCCGCCUCCACAGCCAAUCCAUCCAACCUCUUCUUCCUCCUCCCGCUGCUCCCCCCUUCAUUCCUCCAAACCCUAGCGCAAACCCUAAUGUCCACCACCGCACACCCUCCUGCCUCCCUCUCAGGGGACUCCUCGCCGACUACCUCCGGCUCAUCCUCCCCCUCCUCCUCUGCUUUCGUCGCUGGCUCCGAUGAGCCCGCGCUUCUCGGGCCAGCCACCUCGACUUCCACCCCCUCUGCUGCCGGGGAUGACGCCGCCGUCCCCUCCUCGCCCCAAAUGGGCAUGUACUUCGAGACGGAGGACGACGCCUACGAAUUCUACAAGGUAUACGCCGCCCGCCUUGGCUUCGUCGUCCGCAAGUCCAACAAGUCCAAGAACUCCCGGCACACCGUCACCCGCCGUCUCUUCGUCUGCUCCAAGCAAGGUUUCCGCCAAGAACCCAAGAAGCCUCAAGAUGAGACCAACGCCACCGACGUCACCGUUGCUGCACCGCCACCGCCUCCUAGGUGCCCGGACUCACGCACCGGCUGCCUGGCGUCCCUCACCAUCAAGCUACUCCCUUCGGCCAAUGCCUUCCGUGUCACUGAAUUUGUCGCCGAGCACAACCACCCGCUCGCCUCUGCAGUGUCCGCGGUGUCACUGGCAAUGAUUCCGUCAAGUUCUUCGCAUCACACCAUUGCCGCUGCUGCAAGCUUGCCGGACCCAAGGGACGGGCCACUCCCAGAGAUGCACUUUGAGACGGAAGAUGACGCCUAUGCCUUCUACAACCGGUACGCCGAGCAUGUGGGUUUCAGCGUCCGCCGCUCAUACAAGAAGCGCAAGCAUGGGGUGAUUGUGUCUCGUAUCUUUGUUUGUUCACGUGAGGGCGUCAGUGACCGUGCCAAGCACGAUGGUCUAGCCAGUAUCAGCACCAAUGCUGGUGGAGGGGCACCAGGUACACCUAGGCCAGGCCCACCACCAACACGAACAGGUUGCCAGGCAAGAAUGGUGAUCAAGAUCACCCCAUGCCGAACAUACCGGGUUGCUAAAUUUAUUGCGGAGCAUAAUCACCCACUCGCUAACUCAGAGACCGUGCACAAGCUGCGGUCCCAUAAGAUGAGGGCUCGAGGGCACGAGCUUGGUCCAGGGGAACUGCAUCGAAGGAAGCAGGGAAAGGGUGUGCAGCUUGGGGAUGCUGGUGCUGCAUUGGAAUACUUGGAAGGGUUGCAGGUGGGAAACCCUUCACUGUAUUAUGCAGUAGGAAUGGCACCUGAUGGGAAUUCAGCUGUAAAUUUCUUCUGGGCUGAUGCAAAGUCAAUCAUUGACUUCAGAAGCUUUGGUGAUGUCGUUUGCUUUGAUACAACAUAUGGGCUGAAUGUGUAUGGGCGACCAUUUGCAUUGUUUGUUGGUGUGGACAACCACAAGCAGUUACUCGUGUUUGGUGCAGCCUUGCUUUAUGAUGAUGGCAUCCAGUCACUGAAAUGGGUAUUUCAGGCAUUUGCUGAUGCCAUGCGUGAUAGGCAGCCAAAGACUAUUCUGAUUGAUGAGCGUUCUGAAUGUGCCAUUGCAGCAGCAGAGGUCUGGCCUGGGAGUAACCAUUGCACAAGCGUGUGGCAUAUAUACCACAGUUCAAAGAGGCACUUGAAGCAGGUGUUCGAAAGCUCGAAAAGUUUUGGCAAUGCUUUGAGCCAGUGUCUCUUUGACUGUGAGGAUGAGAUGGAGUUCUUGUCUGCAUGGGAAAAGCUAAUUGAGAAACAUGACAUUGGUGAGAGUGAAUGGCUCAGCAGACUAUUUCUAGAGAAAGAAAAAUGGGCUCUGCCUUAUAGGAGAACUGUGUUUUCUGCUGAUAUUCUCAGUACUCUUAGAAAGGAUAGUAUGAUUAAUGAGCUAAAACGGGAGCUCAGUGAGCAAGAAGAUAUCCUGCUGUUCUUCAAGCGUUAUGAGACCAUGCUGGAAGAGCAUCGCUCAAAGAAAUUGCAGGCUGAUGUUGAUGGAAAUCAGGUGACUUUGCCAAUCCCGUCCUUGCGGAUGUUAAAACAAUCUUCAAAUGCAUAUACACCUGAAGCUUUCAAGAUGUUCCAGGGUGAGUUUGAGGCUUACAUGAACUGCAUGUCCUUCCCCUGCAGUGCGGUUGGGACAGUGUCAGAGUACAAAAUAACACUUGAUGAGAAGCCAUCAGAGGGCAUUGUGAAAUUUGAUGCCCUAGAUGGCUUGGCCACUUGCAGCUGCAGGAAGUUUGAAUCUGUUGGAAUCCAGUGUUGUCAUGUACUAAAGGUACUUGAUCUCAAGAAUAUCAAGGAGCUCCCAGAACAAUACAUUUUGAAGAGAUGGAGGAAAGAUGCCCGCUCUGUUAGAAUGGGAGAAGAACCUAACUGUGGAUCUAGCAGUAUCAUGCGGUCAUCUUUGGAUGUUCGCUUCUCUAACAUGUGCCGUAUGGUUAGCCUAAUAGCUUCAAGGGCCGCCAAAUCUGAGGAGGCAAUGUCAUACAUUGAGAGUCAAUCAAGCGUUCUUCUGAAGCAUCUGGAUGAAAUUCUGCAGACAGGCUAUCCUGAGAAUGGAAACCAUGAUGUUGCUUCAAGUAGUCAAGCAAUUUCUUUUGUAGGAAAUCAUCCUGACCAUACAACACAAGCAAGAGCAGUUGCACAUACAGCGAAUGGACUGACAUCCUUGUUGGGAAUUUCUGCUUAUCCUGAAUCUAGUGGACAAUUGAAAGUACUUAUAUGUUGCCAUGUUGAUGUAAGCAAGUAUAUCCUGAAGACCUUGCUGUUUCCAAUUUGGACUUGUGUCUUUUGAAGAGAGUUGGAGAAGAGCUGUUAAAUUGCUCGUGCGAUAUUUAUUCUCCCAUGUGCAAUUUAAAAAUGCACACAGACUAGACAGCUGCACUUGCACGCCAGAAUCAUUGAUGUCCUCUGCUGUCCAGUUCUGCGGGGGGCAGUUGGCAUGUCUGGUUCACAGUCUGCAUCCAGCCAUCAACAGGAUUUACACAGUUUAAUUAGUGUUUACGUCACAAAGAUGGACUGUGAUGAUGUCCUUGCUGCCUUGUUGGUACCAGAUCUCACAUCUCUGCUAUUAAAGGGGGAUCGAACGUCGUGAUGGUUCGACCUCGUUCGAUACUUCGACCCCCCCCCCCCCCCCCCCCCCCCCGCCUUGUUCGAUUCCCUGGUUCCACCUCUCGAUCAAGCGCAGUAAAAAAAAAUAGUCCAUCCCGCACGCACGAGGACGAGGAAACCGGAAAACCAGCCCACGCUCCCAUCUCCGCUUUGAAAAAAACCUCGCGCGCUGCGGCCUGCAGCACCACCCUCGGUGCUUGCUGUGUGACCAGGAACCGGAGACGAUCAGGCACCUGAUGCUCACCUGUCCAUUUACCAGGCAGACAUGGCAUGAGGUCCUAUCCUGGCUGCGUUUGCCGGCACCGACGCCCGAGCACGGCGAUUCGCUCAUGGACUGGUGGCUGCGCGCGAAGGAGUUCACGCCACCCACUCAACACAAGGCGCUGAAAUCCGUGGCGCUCUUGGUGCCGUGGAUGACCUGGAAGCAUAGGAACGCUUGCGUUUUUGACCAUGUUAGCCCCUCGCUCAAUGAGCUUGUUGACUCGAUCAAGGACGAGGCCAGAUGUUGGGCAAAGGCCGGAGCUCAAGGGCUCAGGUCGUUUUGCCAUCAUCGUGGGAUGUCCACUGAGCCCCUGACGGCUAUGUAAAACCUGCCUCCUCGGAGGAUGUAAAUUCCCUCUCUUUCCAAUGCAAUGAAACGCAAAAGCCAUUUGUGUUUUCUCGAAAAAAAAAACUGAAAUGAGAACCGCGACCCACGUCCUAGGCCCGAUCUCCCCUAGACCUCUCAUUCUUGAUCCCAUCUGUCUCAACAGAAAACUCGCCGCUGCCGCCGCCUAUGCGCAUCGUCCUUCACCCACACUGGUCGCCUGGGAUACCGCCAUCACCAUCUGCGCAAGGACUGGGAGGUCGUGCUGGUCCGCCGCGGCGUCGAGCAUGCUAGAUCCUUCCUCUGCUGGAUCAUGGAUGUUGGGGUCGCCGACGGCGAGGGGGGCGUCCAAGAGAGCGAGGGCAGCAACAGCCAUGCCGCGGUCGCUAUCGCCGGAGAGGAACUACCCGCAUGUUGGAGGAUGCGGGAAUCACGUUAACUCGUAGCGCUGCCCUCGGCAUCCCCACCAAUGCGUUGUGCCGCAUCCUCUCGCCUUCUCGUGGAUGAUUUUUCCCCUCGUCGCCGCCCUGCCUCCAGCACUGCAGCGGCAUGUACGGGUCCUCCACCUCUAACCUCCCCCGGCGCAAGCUGAAGCGACAGCAGUGGCAGGGAGGAGCAGACCAAGCCGCCCAAGAAGCGUUGGAUCAAGUCAUGAAAGGUGUCGAUGUAUUCGUUUUGCGCCAAAUUUUAUUUCGUCGGUGUAACGUGAGUUCUGCUCUUUUUCAGAUUGCUGGGACUGGGAGGAGCGAUGCCAGUGGCGGAGACAAGCCUAGGGCAGUUGGGGCUAUAGCCCUAGGCGUAAUACCAAUAUCCUUUGUAAUUCCUUUUUAUACACAACAUAUAAAACCACUAGAGUGUAUCACUCAAGCUAGCUUAGCCCUAGGCGUAAUCUCAUGCUAGCUUCGCCACUGAGCGAUGCUGCCAGCGCAUGGAGUGUGAAGCGGCUCCUGGUGUCAGGUUCAAUUUCUCUGUUUUUUCUUUUGUCGGUCUCCUCCUAUUUCUGUUUUUUCCUGUGGAAGUAGGGAUGGCAAGGACCCAAGGACAAAUGUGGGUGCCCCACUGGCAGGCGCUGGAUGCGAUUCUUGACAAACUGCAUAAGUGCAUGCUUUCACAUCCUGUACAAGUUUAUUGAACUUACAAGGUUGCACAGCCGGUUCUUGCCGACGUGCCCUUCUCGUUGGUGCCGGCGGAACCCACAGCGUCAUCAGUGUCAGGAGGAACCGGGGGAGGAAGAGAACAUCAGCAGCCCCUGCAACACGGGCUCAUGCAGGCUACUGCGGCGAUGCCAGUGCCAAGGCGAGCGCGAGCCAUGGCAGCAGCAUCUCCCGGUACCUGACCAAGAUCUGCCCGGCUGGCAUGUUGAUGGCUUCCUCUUGGACGGUGCCACAAUCUCAGCUAGAGUCAUAGUCUCCAUACCGGGGGUGAUGGGCAGCCUUUCUUGAGGAUUAUUGUGACCGAAGUGACUGAUUGUUGGCAGAACUUCGAAGAAAUGUGUCAGGGUGAUGGGCAGCCUUUCUUGAGGAUUAUUGUGACCGAAGUGACUGAUUGUUGGCAGAACUUCGAAGAAAUGUGUCAGUUCCGGAACUAUGUGAGUCCUCAAGGCCAAACUGCUUGAAUUCUAUAUGAGGAAGCUCAAAAGUAAUAAGGCAUCCCGCAAGUUAGCAAAAUUGCAGAUUUGGGGUAAUAUGCCGCUUCUGACACGGUGAAGUUUGCAUCUACAAACACCAUGGAGAGGAAAGGCAGCAGAAAAAACAUAGAUGUGAGAUGACAAUGAAGUGGAAGAGCCAUUUGUGGUAUGGGGAUGCAACACCAAGUUUUGGAAAUGGUGCAUGCAAGAGGAAGGUGGAACCAUGUACUCCCUCCGUCCCAAAAUAAGUGUCAACUUUGUAUUAGCUUUAGUACAAAGUUGUACUAAACUCGAGACACUUUAUUUUGGGACGGAGGGAGUAUAUUUAUAGCCGCCGUGGGUUGCUCAUGAGUCAAGAUUUGGAAACCUUCGGUUUUGAAUGGCCGAGGUUUACAAAUCCGCUGAGACAUGGGAUUGGAGACAUUUUUCUCUCUGGUGUAUAUGUACCUGCAACUUCCUUGUUCAUCCUAUGCUGCAUAAGCUGUAGUUUAUGUAAAAUAGUAUUUUGGCCUUCUGCACCUAUUUGUACUAUAUCUUAUCCGGCCUGUUUGAAGA